AAAUACCAGAUGUACCCUUCACAUACCGGAAACACGACUUAUUGGGAAGUGUGAGACAAUAGUUGCAGAUAGGCGAUCCUAAUCAAGCGAAACAUUAGACCAAUCUGGUCAUAUGGUAAUCUGUUAUUACUCGAACGGCUAUAUAGGGAGACAAAAUGGAUAUAAAGAUAUGCGUUGAAAAGAAAAGUCCAUUACAUAUUUUUCUACAUCUAUAAUGCAUUAAGGAUGAUAUCAACUAAUAAGUUUAAAUCGAAGAGCUUAUUGGAUUGUUGGAAAGCCACAAGCGGAUACCCUUAUAGAUUUGGUAGAAAUAAAUAUUUAUGAUGAGAGAAUACCAAGUAGCCAAAUGAAUAAUGGAACAGUAGUUGAGGACACUAAAUUCCUAUGAAGCGGCUACAACGAUAACAGUAGGAGAAGUCUCCUCAUAAUGAAUAAAUCCAUGAUUAGCAAGAAACAGAUGUCUACAUAUGAGGAAAGAGAAACUGUAGAGCGUCAAAAGCAAACCCUCGUGAAGUACAUAUGCAAAGCUACUAAGAAGUGAUCCUAAACUGAAGUUGAAAACCUCCAUAUUAAUGUUAUUAUUGCUAAUAGCUGCCAUGUUUGAGGAUAAUGAAGAAAUUGUGAAAAACCAUCAGACCAACAUGACAGAAAACAAAGAUAAAAUUAGUGACAAGGAUAAAGAAAAGAAAAAUGAACCUGAAAUGGAAAAAGAACAGGAAAAGCAGUCACAGCAACAACAACUUCAAACACAAAUCGCACAAAAAGAGCAGCAACAUAAAACAGAACAACAUGACAGAUGUCCGACCCAUAAAGAUGAUUAUGGCACUCAACGAGUUUAUAAGAAAACAUCACCGAACUGUGUUUUAACUUUGUAUUUGCCAACACGUGAAAUUACCUUGUCCGGCAAUAGCUCCUCCAUCCUACAAGGUAUUGUGUUUGUUGAUCCCAAGGCUAUACAAGGAUAUCGGGUUUAUGCACAAUUGACCUUAACGUUUCGAUGUCCGACCCAUAAAGAUGAUUAUGGCACUCAACGUGUUUAUAAGAAAACAUCACCGAACUGUGUUUAACUUUGUAUUUGCCAAGUCGUGAAAUUACCUUGUCUGGCAAUAGUUCCUCCAUCCUACAAGGUAUUGUGUUUGUUGAUCCCAAGGC